AUGACUGACGUAUCAUCCACUGUAUUGCAAGACCUCUUUAUUCAACUUGUGCAACAAGGGCUCGACCAUAACUAUCUUGAAGGCGUCAUCCAGUCGCUUGAUCACCAAUCGUUCCUGACAACGGACCAUGUGCAGAACCACAUUCGUGCUUCCAUGGCAACCUGCAACGGGAGAACGUCGGUGGCCGAACUUGCUCAAGAGUUGAACGUCGAGCACGAGGCGAUCCUAGAGAAUUGGUCUGUGCUUGCACCCGAGGAAAAUUGGAUCAAGGCAGGUGAUGAUAUCUUACUCACCAGUGAAUACGUCGACACGCUUCCAAGUCAAUUGGCUACCGAUAUUGAAACCAAUGGUCAUUGUUCUCUGGUUACGUUAGCGCGUCAAUGGAAAUUACCCUACAAUUUCAUUGUCGAGGCACUUGAACCAUACAUUACCCAACACUAUGUCCGAUAUCAGCAAUUACCUGACACUAUCAUGACGCGCGAUUAUGCAAACAAGGCAAAGCAGUAUCUUUCGGAUGCCCUUCAACAAGCUACAGAACCCCUAUCCAUGUUUAAACUGCAACGUAACACUAGCAUACUCGGAUCCCAGGAGGCGCUGUAUUAUGCCAUCUUGGAUAAUGUCAUUCGUGAGGAACAAGCACCAGGUACAUUCCGUGGUCGUCGUGAGAAAUCGAUUUUUAUCCCACAUUCCUACAAGGAUCGUCAAUUGUCUUUGAUUUCAUCACUUUUGGAAGCUGGUGGUUAUAUUGAAUAUGAUACGGUGGAACAACAUUACAGCUACUCGAACCCCAAGGACCUGUUACUGCGAUUGGAUGGUGACAUUACGUUACUUGAUACCUGUGGAGCCACACAGUCAUUGAUCAAGGACAUCGAGAACCAAAUGGAGGAGCAAUUAUCCGCCCGUGGUUGGGCAGACGUGUCGCAAUUAGCACCCUUCGCCUUUAGUGCUUCGGAUGUUGGAUCCCUUUUGGAUGUAUUGACGUCUCGUGCAACAAGGCAACAACAGCGACAGCGCACUAUACUCAAUGCAUGCUUCAUCGUCACAUCGGAUUUUAUUUCUACUACCGUCAGCCAAGCACAACCACUCAUUGAUCGCCUCGCCCUCAAAGAGAUACAACAAGAGAAACGAUUGCACAGCGGUAAAAGCAAGAGGAAAUUAGCAAAUGAAGUGGCCGUACACCUUUCCAAUCAAGAGAUUUCAGGCUUUUUGGUGGAUCAACAAGGACUGAGCCCUGCUUUUGCCGAGAACUUGGUGCCUGUAUUGAAGAAACCAAUGACCGAAGCUUUGGCUAAAGCCAUUCAGACCGUAUACGUAUCACCAUCCCUCGUAUCUUCAGGCCAAGAUGACAAGUAUCUCACGCAGCAGCAAGCGAAUGUGAAGGAUUUGGCCCGAAAGAUCUACUUCACCUUCCAAUCAAUAGAUCGCUUUCAAGAUGAGUCGGCGAGGAAAAGCUUGGAAAAAUACAUCGUACGACAACUGGGACUACAAUAUCUAUUUGGUCUGACAGCUUUGAAGGAGAUGGAACGGACCGGGGAUGGAGAAGGGAUCAUGAAAAAGUUUGACACCAAUAUGGACGAGGCCCAAAAGAAAGAGCUAUUAGCCACUUUUACCAAUGACGAUGACUCCAAUUUAUAUACCAGUGUAUUGAAUGGCAAGAAAGCUGAACAGCUUAUUGAACAUUUGAAGAAAUCUUCUUUCCUCACCGAUGGAACAAUGGAAGAACAACAAGUGCAAACGAACAAAGAUGUGCAAGAAUCUCUAUGGCAACAGCUCAAAGGCACACCUGUAUCUCAAGCAACAGCACCUUCAAUUUUGCAUUUGGCAAGUUUACUUUGCUUCCAAGCUUUGUAUCAGCAACCAUUAUACGUUUCUGGCAAGUUUGUUCCUCAUAUCAUCAAGCAAAUCACUCCAAGCAUGGAUGAGACUUCGGCUGCAUUGUUAAAGGAUGGAUUGGCGAUGGCGAGUCCGAAAAAUGCACAAGCAAUAGACAUUGAAGUGUUUAGAAAGGUCCAAGAUUUAGGAUUAGAACAACAAUUAAAUCAUGCAUAG